AGUGCCGGCUACCGCGGCAGCAGCGCUCCGGUCGCAGCAGCGGCUGCCGGCGCGGACAACAUGGCGGCGGUGUCGGGGGCCGCGGCCGCGGGCGGCGCCGCCAACGCGGGCGGCCCCGAGAUGGUGCGCGGGCAGGCCUUCGACGUGGGGCCGCGCUACACCAACCUCUCCUACAUCGGCGAGGGCGCCUACGGCAUGGUCUGCUCUGCCUAUGAUAAUGUCAACAAAGUUCGAGUAGCUAUAAAGAAAAUCAGCCCUUUUGAACACCAGACGUAUUGCCAGAGAACUCUGAGAGAAAUCAAAAUUCUGCUGCGUUUCAGGCAUGAAAAUAUUAUUGGAAUCAAUGACAUUAUCAGAGCUCCAACUAUUGAGCAAAUGAAAGAUGUAUACAUCGUGCAAGAUCUCAUGGAGACGGAUCUUUACAAGCUUUUAAAGACUCAGCACCUCAGCAAUGACCACAUUUGUUAUUUUCUUUACCAGAUUCUGAGAGGGUUAAAAUAUAUCCAUUCAGCCAAUGUGCUGCAUCGUGACCUCAAACCUUCCAACUUGCUGCUUAACACCACUUGUGAUCUCAAGAUUUGUGACUUUGGACUGGCUCGUGUUGCAGACCCAGAUCAUGACCAUACAGGAUUCCUGACAGAAUAUGUAGCCACUCGUUGGUACAGAGCACCUGAAAUCAUGUUGAAUUCUAAGGGUUAUACCAAGUCUAUUGAUAUCUGGUCUGUAGGUUGUAUUCUGGCAGAGAUGCUCUCUAACAGACCCAUCUUCCCAGGAAAACACUACCUUGACCAGUUGAACCAUAUCCUUGGCAUACUCGGAUCCCCUUCUCAAGAAGACUUGAAUUGUAUUAUCAAUUUAAAGGCCAGAAACUACUUGCUUUCUCUUCCGCACAAAAAUAAGGUACCAUGGAACAGGCUGUUUCCAAAUGCUGACCCCAAAGCACUUGAUUUGCUGGAUAGAAUGUUAACCUUUAAUCCUCAUAAGAGGAUUGAAGUGGAGCAAGCUUUGGCCCAUCCCUACCUGGAACAGUAUUACGAUCCAAGUGAUGAGCCUGUAGCUGAAGCACCCUUCAAGUUUGACAUGGAGUUGGAUGACUUGCCGAAAGAGAAGCUGAAAGAACUGAUUUUUGAGGAAACUGCUAGAUUCCAGCCAGGAUAUCGAUCUUAAAUUGUGCAUAGGACAAGGACUUAAAGGACUGGGCAUGCUCAAACGUUGCUGUUCCUCUUCCCAGUUCUUUAUCCUUGGUCAUGUCUUGUGGCCUAUCUCAGCUUAUCCACUAACUCCUUUGAGCCAUUCAGGAGGGCAGUUUCUGGUAGUUUUGGCUUUUUAUGCUUUCAGUGAGUUUUUAAGCCUGAAGAACUGUUGUUGACACUCCUAUGCGUAAUACCCAUUGUUGACCUGUUGCAGUGCUGUACUAUAAGUGCACCUACUGCUGAUCACAUUUAACUGCUUGCUUUCUGAUUUGAAAGAUGCAGUAGUUCCUUUCACUAUUGGAUUAUUAACCAAGCAGAUAACUCAUAAACCCAUAAGAAGUUUACACCAUGAACUGUGUUUUUCUGAUUUUACUGAAGUCGCUGACAUUUUUUAGGGAAAGCUAUUAUUCAGGGCACUUUAAGUCAGUGACAUCCCAGAUGUUUUUGCACUUGUCCUUUAAACAUUAACAGUUUACUCACAAUAAGGAUUUACGUAAAUAUAUACCAGUGUGCUACAGAUUGCAGCAUAGGUCAUGUUCACAUUAAUCUUGCUUAUGCACUUGUUUAAGUGUCUUAUGCUGCCUACAACAUUUUAUGUACAGCAUAUAAUGGAUAUGUAGGAACCCAGCUUAACAGAAUUCAUCUACGCAUCUAGGACAUUUUUCCCAUUUAUUGGGUUGGGGUGGGGGGGGGAAUCCUACACUUCCUGCCCCCUCCCUCCUAACAUUUCUAAAAGAUCAUUGCUACUUUGACCGUUUUGGAGUUACAGUACUUCCAAAGUUCAUACUCUAUGUAGUGUUUACAAGAUUUAUGCAAAAAGAAUGAGUGGCAGCUCACAGACUUGGAGCUUUUCACUGUGUGGUGAAAGAUCAACAAAGAACACAAUGACAUCAUUACUUAAUUGUGAAUGCCUUACUCUGAGAGAGGCCAACAGUAUGCAUUAGUAAGCAGAGAAACCAAAAUGUGAUGUUACUAAACUCAGUCUACCUACUAUAUACCAAUGAAACACUUCAAAUGAGGGUGAUUUAGUUUUUAUAAUACCUGAAUUGAAUCACUAACCUUCAGGGUUUUUGCAAAGAGGAACACUGCAUCUUUAAAUAAGAAAGUUUGGAUUUACUUUUGCUCCUACAGCAUGUCAGCCUCUCAAGUUCAUUUCUUGCAACUUACACUGUAGUGAUUUGUAAUCAAGUCUCCAUGAGCUCGUGACAUGAAAUACUGUUCUGUAGUCAAGUACUAUCAAACUUUUCUGAUAAUGCUGAGUUAGGACAACCAAACAAAGCUAGCACUAAAUCAUGUUUAAAACUGUAUACCUUUUAAUGAUCUUUUCAAGUAUUUGUUACUGAAAUUGUAUAAUGUGGAGUUUACUAGGUGUUAUGUUCCAGUGCAGUGCCUCCUUUUCUUUCCCCACUGCUCUCUGUGGUGAGAAAUUUGCCUUGUUUAAAAUAAUUACUGUGCCCUCGCAUGACUGUUAAAGCUUUCUGUGCAAAGAUGAUUGUCUAAGUGCCACAUGCCUAUGAUUGAAAAAAAAAAUCUAUUGUUACCUCUGAGUUGUGUUCAACUGAAAUGCUAUUCAACAAAUAACUUAGGAAAAUAGUUCUAUUUUUAGCUUUUUUCAUAUCUCUGCUGUCUUUUUCUCAUUUUAUUUUGGCAGCAGUGAAGAAUGGAUUGUAUAAAGACUGCCUGCUAAUAUGAACAAAAUGCACUUGUAAUUCAUGGAAAUAAAUUUAAAUCUUAUAUCUUCACAUUAACGUUAAAAAUUAGUUUUUGGUUUCCUCUUGAAUAAUGUGUUUGAAUGGAAAUCAGGUUCAGUUUGCUACUGUAGUUAGUAUACAAGGAUGCUUGCUGGUUAAUUAUCCCAGGCUUCCUCAUAGUACUUCUUAGUCUGCUUUUCAAGGAAAUUUAGAAAGCCAUUACCUUAAACUCUCAGUACAUAAGGGUGCUUACAGGAUAUAAAGUUCUAAAUUUUUUUUCUUUAUUUAUAGUUUGUGUUAGCCUGCCAAAACUAAUUUUUAAUAAAUAAGUGUUAAUUCUUAAAGGGCAUUUUCUAUUGGGAAGAUCCUGUGGUCCCAUGAAUGUUUUGUUACAUAGAACAUACAUUAAGAACAUUCUCAAAACACUGCACGGGCGAUGGUUGGAUUGUGGUAUAGUACCUAUGCUAACAACUUUUUCUACAAUACUGCACUUGACUGUUGAUACUAGUGUAGAAAUUUCUCUUUACUUUUCUACAUAUCAUAUCUUUACCAAAAUGCUUUUCUCUCCGCUUUAAGAAGCUGAACUAUUUCUAGAUUCUCUGCCCCUGCAUCAUCAUGGUUACUACAGGAAUUAAUUUAGCAAGAAUAGAGAAGAUGACUGUUACUGAAACUUUUAGUUUAUAACACCUCAACUUUUAAUUUAUUAAGGAAGAGCUUUGGCAGCUCAUUUCAUGCUCCCCUUUCCCUGUUCAUCUUUUGAAUACUAGUUUUAUUUGCUGGGGGGUGGUUUUUGCUCUUUCUGUGUUUGUUUUUUAAAUGAACUAACUCUUGAAUUAGCAUCUCUUCUAAAUGCGAAGCCGUGGGUUUGCUUUACUAACACCUGGUGCUUUGCAGCUUCUUUCUUCCUUAACCAUCCUUGCUGAGUCAGACGGGCAUGAAACCACUAUCUGCAUUCAUCAUGGUCUUUUCCUGCAAUCAUUAAAUACUUUUGAGUUGAACUCAUAGAUGUUUGAACUGCAGAAGCAUGAUUUUUAUCAGAUUGGAGAAUAUUCAAAAGGAAGGUGCCUACAAUAACAUUGUGUUAUGUGACUUUUUUCCUAACUACAUCUGAUUUUAUUUUUUAAUGUGUGUAUUAUUUAGGUUAUAUUUCUGGAAAUUCCCUUAGAGUAGCAGAGAACUGAAAGGCGCAUUGUUUUGGAUGUGAUGUGUUUAUUAAUAGUAUAAAGAUUUUUUUGGUUAUAAGGAAUGUAAACAGAUGACUGUCAAAAACAUUCCAACCUUUAUAGAUAAAGAAAAAUGCAAAUAUGCAAACCCGUAAUACAAGAAAAUUGUUUUGAGACUUUGGCAACAUACUCCCUAAAAGUUUAAUACACUACACGGGGUGAGCAGAGUAGUGCACUAUUUGCUUUCAGGAGUUCACUAUGAUUACAUAACUCAGCAGUGCCCAAAUAAAAUGGAGUCAAGUCUGGUUAUUAUCAGUUAACUGGGGGGAGGGAUCUGUUGUUGCUGCCCACCAUAAUAUGCUACAGUAUGUUUAUACCAUGUCAGAGGUUGUCUGCUGAGCAACUGUACCAUAGAUUGAAACUUUAUUAAUAUAUAUUUGCCUAUGUUAGUGUAGUUUAUUUAGUGCAUUAGUUAUUGAUAUUUUUAAAUUUUAUUGAUUGCUGUUACAGCUCAGUUAUAGCUCAGUGAUAUGGUAUAAAUAUAUUCCCAGGUAUACAUGCAAAUACAGACAACUCUGGUCCCUUGCAUAGUACUUUUAUAUUUGUACAGCAAUGUCUUCAAGCAAUCCCAGAUUUUAGGGAAAAUAUUUUUGUAAAUGCAGUGGUUUAAAAAGUCUGAACAAUCCUUUUACAUAAGUUUUAAAUUCAUAUGUGCUUUAAAAUGGUUUAGUUAAUUGAAAUACAAGACACUAAAUUAGUGAAAAGUGCACAUUAGUAAAGUGAAGCAUACAAUGAUUCUUGUAGCAUGUGCUAUGAUCAAAACUAAAUAAAAAGUUGGGAAGAAUUUAAAAGUUGGAUUAUAUUUGUAAAUCCAGAACAAAUUUUUAAAGGUUGCAGCUGGUUUACUUACUAUUGUUGCCUUUUCUUGUGUUGUAUCAGUGUAGAGCACUCUUAAGAAAAUACUCAAACUGCUUUGUAUUUGCUUUGUACUGUUGGUGCCUUCUUAGUUAUGUACCCCAAAAGUCCUGCAUAGCUAAUUUAGUUAAUAGUAAGUUUAAAAGAAAAACAUAAAGGAAAAUUUUGUAAAAAUCAUUUUCUGUAUGUUCUUAUUCAUUAUAUUGUAACAAUUAAACGUUUAUAUUGUGACAGA